AUGUGGGCCUAAAUAACUUGGCUUGCUGAAGGAUAGUUUCUUUUAUAGUGUUUGGAUAUUCACCCCCCGGAAACCCGAUAUGCUGUGAGAAGUUGGAUGUGCUAGGAAAAGUUGCCGAUAGAUUUCGAUGAAUUUCGGUAGGGGUUGAUUUCAGUUUCAAGAUGGCGUCAAGAAGUACAACUCAUCCGAGAAAUGCUGCACAAAAUGGAAAUACAAAAAAAUCCGGAAAGAAAUCGCUUCCAAAACCAACCCAUGUUGGCCAUUUUAUGUCCAUAUUGACGAUGUCGUUAUGCAAGAAAGUACUUCAUAUCGAUACAUCGGUGAAAAUUGGCGUGUACUUAACUGGUGUAUUAGUCGGAUCGGUAUUUUCGGAUAUUUUCGCUCUUCCCAAGUCGUACUUCUCCGACAAGAAAAAUGUACUUAACCGGAUAUUUAUGUCCUUUGGAUUUGGAUGGACUUUUGUUUUACUUAGCAUAUACGUCUUUUUGACAAGUUUUGUAGCAAACUGCGGAAACCUAAAACUUGUUUUUCGAAAGCAUCUUCCUAGAAUGUUUCUGGCAGCGGCCUGGUGGUAUGUUAUGACGAGCACCUUUAGCUAUGUGGAUUCUGUAUUUGGGACUUGCUCCAUAUCCAGUCUGAGGACAAAAUCUGAUUGUUUGAAAGCUGGCCGUGCCUGGCUCGGUUUCGAUCUAUCAGGGCAUGUGUUUUUGCUUAUUCACAAUCUUCUGACUAUUUCUGAAGAAGUCAAAAGUUUCAAAGCAUGGAUUCAACUAGAUUUGUUACUGAGAGAAGAAGACCUUGCCAAUAAGAAGAACUUGAGUGAGAAACAAGUUUCGGAGGCAAGGAAUUCUUACAAGAGGUUAACACCUUGGAUCAAGCUGUGCAUUCUACUGCUUACAUUUUGGAUGAUAUUCUGUGAAUUUAUGCUGAUCAUAUCUGUCGUGUACAGAUUCCACACCAUGACUCAGAAGAUAGGUGCAGCAUUUGUUGCUGUUGGUUGCUGGUUCGUUACGUACAGAGUUUUGUUGGAAUCGAAAAUGGAGUUCGCUCCAGGGCAGCCUGGUCAGAGCGUUUUGAACUACAUGAAGCUGAAGUAAAAUUAGUUCACUAGAAAUACAAUGGCAAGGAAAGCAACAAUAUUAAAGAGCAAAUGAAUUAAAAGAAAUAAUAUGGUGUGUUACAUCUGUUGAUGUUAUAACAUAAUAUGAAUUUAAUGUAAAAUUUCAAUAUUGCAGCAUCAUUAUUCAUAAAUGUAUAAAACAGUCUUUAUAUUUGAAAAUGAUAACUAAGUUUUGUUAAGUUUAAUUCAUACAUUGAAAAUGGCUAUUUUUCAUCUGCAAAAUAAUUUAUAUGUAAUUGAAGUUAUUUGGUUGUUGUAUAAAUGUGCAAUAUUGUUUUGUUGUUACUAGUAAGAACCUGCUUUUAAUUUCUUUGAUGGCUUUUUGUUGCUUUGUUUUGUGUACACUGUCCUCAAUAUUUUUCAGUCAGAACACAAUACUUUGCAGUGUGUACAGUGUUUUUUUCCUUCUUUGGGUCUGUUAGGGGUACCCAUUCCCAAUUGAACAAAGUAUAUGUUACAUGUAAAUGGGACCUAAAAAUUCCCAAUUGUACAUGUAGGUUUGUUUGUAUUUACUUUUUCGAUAAGUCUGAACAUUAACUUUUUUUGAUAAGUUAAAAAAAUAUAUAGUUCUUUUCCCAUCAAGUUCUAUAAGUUGAACCUUAGUAAGUUUAUUCCCAAUUUGAGUCAAAACCAUGCGAUUUUUCCCAAUCUGACCCUAUUCCCAUAAUGCUGGAAAAAAACACAUAAAUACAUAAUGUUUACUUAUCCACAGAGUGAUUGUGUUGAGCUACUUUGUUCUUGCUAUAUCUGGCGACUGUCAUUCUCAUUAAUGAAUUUUGCCAUGGGUGUCGUCAGCUGUAAGUUUGUUAUGGCUCUAGAGCCUCUGAAGCAAAAUUGUCUUCCGAUCUUGAUACAUGUAAACGUGGUCAGAAUGUUUGUCUUGGCAAUAUCUUUUUUUUAUCUUGGUUUCAGUUUGAAUCUGGGUCAAAUGUGUCAGAAAAGGAGGUCACCUGGUAAAAUCCUUAAGAGGCCUUAAUUACGACUCAAUUUUGAUGAAACAUGGUCAGAAUGUCCAUUUAAAUCGUGGUCAAAACUAAAAAUGUCUAAUCUUAACCCUUUACCACUUAGUUACAUAUUUUGACAUGUUUGUAGUCCUUCAGAAAGUUAUAUUUAAUUAAAGACCUUUCUUACUAGAUUGAAGUUGUAAAGCCUUCAUUUCCAACCCUUCGAUACUGAUGAGUAUCAAACAGCAUUAAACUGGAACAGACUGCCAGUUACUUGCAGGCUGCUUGAUUUUAAGCUGUUUGCACAUAGCCAUUUUCACUUUGCUUCUGAGUGGGAAAGGAUUAAAAACCUUGGUAACCAUAAUAGAAAGCUGCACUCAAUCGUAAGGAAACUUUGUUAGAAUAUUUAUCUUGACAAUAUAUAGGCUGAUUUUGUAACUUUAACUAAACUUAAUUUUGGCGAGUCCUGUGUGGGAAUAUUAUGCUCCAGAUUAAUUCGUUUCAGGGCUGAGUGCUACACAUAAGCUUCAUUACCACAAUAUUAUUUCGCAAUUAUAUUAUGAAACAUGGAAGUUUUAAAAGGCUUUUCUGAUUUUAUAAUAUAAGUUAUAUGUGUCAUAUUUUAUGAAGUUAAUUGAAGUUCUUAUGUUCAUGUUAAACAUAUGUUCUGAUUUUGUAAAUAUCCCACCUUUGCCUAACCAUAAGUGUUCUGUUUUUUUAUCAUUGCACAUUGUAACUAAAGUCAAUUGGUCUAUGUUUGAAGUAUUUUUCAUUUCAUAAGUUUGCCAUGAAACGAUGACAUAAAUUAAAUGUAUACAUGUAUACCUUGAUUGUUUCUACUGUGACCAUUUUAUUUUUAAUUUGUUUACUUACGAAGAUUUACGUAACAGUAUUAAGACCCAUACAAUUAAAUGUUCAUUUAAAGUUUAUUUAUGAAAAUUGUCAAUCAUAAUUUUCAGCAUACAUGAGCACAACAUGCUCAUGUUGAGCUUUUGUGAUCAGCUUUUGCCUGUCGUAAUCAUUUACAUAGUAAACACUCUAGACAUCACAUUUGUUGCCCAAUCUUCAUGAAGCUUGGUCAGAACAUUUUUCCAUAUGAUAUCUCGACUGAGUUUUAAGCUGAGUAAUGUGGGGUUACACACUUGGUCCCCAGGUAAAAUUUAAGAAAAACUCAUGAAACUUGCUAAAAGCAUUUGUGUUCUAAUGAUACUAUGCCCAAGUUUUUCAGAACCAUUCUUUCAGGUCUCAGGUGAGCCAUUUGCCCUUGUUUAAUUGACCUUAUUUAUAUUAAUUAAUGUUAAAGCUCAGUAUAUUGUACUAUAGUUAGGUCAUGUAAACUACUUUGUAAAGACCAAACAUUGUAUGAACAUAAACUGACAAUUUACAACAAUAAACAUAAUUUUAAGUUGGCUAUUUAUUGAUAAUUUAAAAGAUGCAAGAAGAGACUACUCUAGAAACUGAGAAAUGUUAGGCUUGAUUCAGCAUAAAAAUAUGUGCUUGUGUGUUACAGAGCUAUAGAUAACAAGCGUAUUUGUGUUAUUACGCAAUGAAAAUAACCAAAAACGUGAUUAAAUUCAAAAUAAAGGGUAACUACCCAAUUUUAUAACGCAAUUUCCGUAAAAAACCUUGCGUCACGAAACGCAAUUCUUACAAACACCGGGUGUAUUUUUUAGUCUCGUUAUUUUCCAUACAAAAAUGUACCGGAUAGUUUAUAUGCCGUCCUAUGAAGAAAAGAAGGCAGUCUUUCCAGUGGUUAUCAAUCUUUGGGGUAUUAUCAUAAUUAUUCGUAGACCGGACCGAUUUCUACUUUCAUUUUCAAGGUUUUCAACUCAAAAUGACUAGAAAACGGGGUGCAUCGCUUUGAACAGCCAUAACUUCAUCAAUUGUGCAGCGAUUUUCACGAACUCGGUCUUAUUCAACGCAAAAAUAAAUGAACUUUGAUCAGAAAUUCAGUAAUUGUUUGUUGUUACGUACAGGUACCUUUUUGAAUUCCAUUUGUAUAAAUAAUAUAGUAACCUUAGUAGAUUUUUAUUAUAUUAUAUAUGUCAUUCCCUAAAUUACCCAAUUGAGUUUAAAAACCGGGGUGAAAAACCCAAUUAAGCUUAAAAGUAGGGAGUGAAAUUUGUUGUUAAAACUAUUGAAUUUACAAAAACCCUAUUGUUGUAAAAACAGGGGUUGAUUACCCAAUAUACCCCAAAAGUUAUCUAUAGCCCUGGUGUUAUUUAUAAUGAAAUCCACAAUAUUGUAUUUAGACCAGUAUCAUUCAGAUACAUAAAUCUGUAUAUGAUAUGUGUCGUGUUCUGAGAAAACUGGACUUAAUGCUUGUUCAAUAAGUGUCGUCCCAGAUUAGCCUGUGCAGUCCGCACAGGCUAAUCAGGGAAGACACUUUCCGCUUUAAUGGUAUUUUUCGUUUGAAGGAAGUCCCUUUUUACCGAAAAUCUAUUUAAUUAAAGCGGAAAGUGUCGUCCCUGAUGAGCCUGUGCGCACUGCACAGGCUAAUCUGGGAUGACACUUUAUGCACAAGCAUUAAGCCCAGUUUUCCCAGAACACGACUCAUAUGUUUGGAAUCUACCCAAGGGUGCACUUGUUGUGUUCUGCAUGUUGUUUACAUGUAUUUGCUUGUUGAUUGUGCAAUUUUUAAACUGGCUUCAAUUGAUCACCACAUUGUGAAUUAGACACCAUAUCCAGAUUUUUGUUUGAUGGAAUGAGCAUUUUCCCCCAGAUUUAAAUCCCUACUUUGUAAGGAAGUAUUAAGGAUGCAAUAAAUUACUUGCAAACUUA